CUGAUCUUUACUUUUUCUUAUGUUUAUGUUUCUAUAUUAAUGAACCUGUUUUUGUUGUUUGCUGAUGUGUAGGGUGUUGAGUUGGCAGUUAGAGAAACUUUUCCUAGAGCAACUAGGAGAGUUUGCUGCCAACACCUAUACAUGAAUUGUAAGAACAAUGGCUUCAGUGGAUCUGCAUUCCACAAGCUAUUUUGGAUAGCUGCUAAUGCAUACAAUGAGUAUGUGUUUGGUAAGGCCAUGGAAAAGAUCAGUGAGUACAAUGCAAAUGCCACUGCAUACUUGAACAGCUGCAUUGAGCAGUGGUCUAGGCAUAAGUUUGACUCUACUGUUUGUUGUGAUCACAACACAACAAACUUUGUGGAGUCAUUUAAUGCAUGCACAAAGCCCUUCAGAGACAUGCCUGUCUUCUCAUUAUUGGAAGCAAUCAGAAGUUGGUGUAUGCAGAGGGUGGGGGCUAGAUUUGACAAGGCAGUUGACAUGGAGGAAGGUCAGCUCACUGCAUAUGCAUUGAAAGAGUUAGAGGAGAGGACAGCUGAGUCCAGGUUAUGUUAUGCCACAGCAUGUGGAGGGGGUGAAUUUGAGGUUAGGGAUGGACAUGUCAACUUCCCAAUUAGGCUUGCAACAAGAAGUUGUGCCUGUGGGAAGUGGCAGAUCUGUGGAAUCCCCUGCAAGCAUGCACUGAGGGUCAUAUAUGACCAAAGGAUGAACCCCCAUGAUUUCAUAUCCCCAUGGUUCAAGGCUGCUGCAUACAAGCUAACCUAUGCAGAACAUAUUCAUCCUAUGGCAGAUCCAUCUCAGUGGCCUGACUUUGGCCUUCCUUCCAUUCAGCCUCCAACCAUCAAAAGACCAUCUGGCAGACCUGCUAAGAAGAGAAAGAGAGGGGCAAAUGAACCAAAGAAAGGGAAGAGGAACACAAAUGUGAAAUGUGGAAAGUGUAGAGAGUUUGGUCACAACUCAAGAACAUGCAAGAGUGGAGGAACAAGUGCCACUGGACCAAGUACUUCAAAGAGUGGUGCAGCAGGAGCAAGUACAUCAAAUGGGGGACCAAACACAAGGAAGAGGUCAAAGGCAGCUGCAUAGUCACCUCAGUUGGCUAUAUUUUGUGAAUUGUAGUGCACAAAGCUAAACUAACUUAGUCAAAUCAGUUUAGUCAGAAUCAGUUUAGUUAGAAUCAGUUUUUGGAAACAGUUGUGCAGAGAUCAUUUUUUGGAAACAGUGAAAUGCUUAGAACACCUCUUUUUGUGCAGUUCAGUGGUGUUUGUCCACUUAAAGUUCAGUUUAUGUAAAGCUUAUUUGCUUGAACAAGUAUUUAUGGAACAAAGUCUCUUUAUUUCAUGAAA